AGCCUCAACAAGCUCUGGGGCGGCAGGACUUUCCUGUCUUCAUCGGUUUUUCGAUACUGUGCCUUUCUCGUCAUGGCUGCCUCUCUUUUGCAGCCGCACACUCCAUGGUGCACGAUCUUCUUAGUGGUGUCCACGAUCGUUUUCAAUGUCAUUGUGUUGGUGGGCAACAAGUGGACGGCAGAUGCCUUAUCAGAGAUUGGAGUUUCAACCACAGGUUGGUCACAUGUGGGCACUGGCAUUGCCGGGGCACUCCGCAGUGAGAUUGACGAGGUCAUGAGCAAUGUGUCGUCCACGCUUUUGGGCAGCUUGGAGCAUGUCACAACAGCGCAAGGGAGUUUGGAGAUGGUGCUGGCCAUGGUGGGCAACGAAACUGACAAGGCGAUAGCGCAGCAGCCAGAGCUGCUUCUCUUGCAAGAGCACGGUCCAGAAAGAGGAUUAGUUCUUUUGCAAGAGAUCCAUGGAAAGAACAAGUCUCACGUAGAGGCCCUGGUGCCUGUGGUGCUUGCCUCCAUACAUGAGGUGCUUCAGGUGGUGAUGCAAAAGGUAGAGGAAGGGCUGACCACGUUACUCAUCAAGAUCAAACCAGCUUUGAUGCAGGUGGGGAAGUGGAUCAAUCAAUUCGGUGACAAGGUCAUCGCAGGUCUCCAGGAUUUCAGUGUGACUUUGGACAAGGCGCAGAAGAUCUUCGAUCAGGUCAUGGCGCAACUGCACGGAGGAGCCAAUAACACUGAGGACAUGAUCAACCAGACCUGGCCCAUCUUUGAUGACGACGACUCUGGGGCGAUCUCUGUCUCGGAGCUGACCAAUGUGGGGAACUGGUUCUCCAUUUCGGCGCUGCAAGGUGACAAGCCGAAGUCAUUGAUCAAGAAAUACGACACCAGCGGAGAUGGAGAGAUCGGAGUAAAGGAGUUCUUGAACCUCGUGAGCGAUCCCAGCAUCCCUGGGGCUUUGUCCGUGAUUCUCAGGAAGUACUCCAAGCGUUUGGCGGAGAUCUCCGGCACAGUCGCGCAGGCCAAAAUGCGUGAUGACGUGGCCCUCAGUGUGGCGAACUAUGUGAAACUCGUCUGUGCUAAGAACAUGACGAAGGUCGGUUGGAUUGCUGACAGGCUUGGCAACAACAGCGUUCCGCUGGAUUUCUCAGCAGCCGUCUUCGUAGAGAUGUGCCUCACGUCGAACGACCCCAACGCGGCAGUGUACACCGCAGCUGACACGGGGGCCUUAUUGACCGAAGAAGUUUACAAGCUCCAUCCUGAGGCCAUGACAAGCAGCGUGGACCUGAUGGCCAAUGCCUCCUGGUGGGUCUCCCAAGGCUUCGACCUAAAGGAUCAGCCCAUGUGUGUGAAGAUGGCAACGACCUGGCUCACUCAGGCAGAGAAGAAGGGGAGCAAGUUGUCGCUGCUUAGCUUGGACGUAAGCCACAGCAAGGCAAUGGAGCUGUUGGAGGCCUUGCCACAGGCAGCCUAUGUGAUGGCUGAGGAGAGUGCCAGGCUCUACAGGCUGGAGCGUCUUCAGGCGAAGCAGCAGCGGCGCAACGUGCUCUUUGCCUCGGAGACCUCGCAGAUGCUGCUGACGAAGCUGCUGGGUGGGCGGGCUCCGACGGACGGUGCCACAGAGGAGACCAAUGUUAGCGGAGGAGGUGAGUAUGCGGCCCCGGAGACCCUCGAGUUCGCGCAGUUUUUGAGCUCCAAUUCCUCCACCCGGGCUAAGGAGCUUCAGCACAAGUGCUUCGACCAGUCUUCAGAGUCGUCCAACGCCAUCGACGACUUCGCCUCCAAGAUCCAGGCGAUGCUCUCGAAGGUGACGAGCUUCAUCCAGAUGAUGCAGAAGUAUGCCACGCCCAAAGGAAUUGAAGACCUUGAAGAUCAAAUCCAAAACUUCCUGAUCUCAGCCCUGGAGGAUGUCUCGAAGACCAUCGAGAAGAAGCUGGCAGGUCUCAUCCAAACGGCGGCGCCUCAGUUGGAUGAUGCCAUCCAUUCGGCAGCGCACCGCGCAGGGGAGGAGCUCGGAGCUCUGAUUGGGCAAGUGAUCUCAGAUCCGAUGAUCCAUGCACUGGAACAACCUCUGGAGGAGAUCUUGGCCAAGUCCAUUGGGAACAGCACCGCCGCCGGCAUCGGGCAGACCUUGAGCAACGCGCUGGGGGGAGAGGUGAGCAACCUCACAGCGAAGACACUGGGAUCCAAGCUAGGAGAUGCCCUUGAGGGGCUGGUGGAUGAGGCUUUGGAUAAGGCUGGUGAAGGGCUUGGGACACUGACCAACAAGCUCAAACCCCAGGUGUCCUUGCUAUCCCAUGUGGAUCACCACAUUGACAGUGUCUUCGAUCUGCCCCGGAAGACCCGCCACGAGAGGGCAGUGAUGCAGAUGCUUCAGGAGGCUCAGGGGCAACAGGACAUUGGCGACGCGAUCUCGGGGGCCUGGCACAGCAUGGUGAACCUCCUCCGGACCUUUGCCAAUCUUCUGCCUCAAGCGGUGCACACCCUGAAAGAUGCUCGAAAUGAAGUUUCGAAGUUGAGUUCUGGCCUGGAUUCCAUCUUCGACGUCUUUUCGGUGAAAGGACCUCAGAUCUUUAACACCAUCUCGCGCUUGUGGAUGACGAUUUGGAUCGGCUACUUUUUGUUCUUGAUGCCCUUCUGUCUCUUCACUCUUUACUAUGGCCUUUGGGCCAAUGGCUGGUUUGGUGGUCCCAAGCCUUAUCCAGAGAGCCCCGAGCCACCUGCACCGGAGACGCUGUGGCAACGCUUCCGCUUGCUUUUCUCCAAGUGCUGCAGCUGCUGCUGUUAUUCUCACGAUAGCAGUCUCUGCUUCUGGUCAGUGAUCAUUUUUAUGCAGGUCAUCGUUCUCAUCACCUUCCUGAUUUGCAUCGUCUUGGCCGUCUUCGCUGGGGUGAAAGCUUUGAUCUUGACCGGAUGCAAUCAGGUGUACAUCCUGGAGGAUGCAGGCAUUUGUGAAGGUGGACUGACCACACUCAGGGAUUUCUUGACCAAAAUGAACAUCGGUGAUAGCACCAUCUACACUGAUGCGGAUAUCGCGGGCGCCUGCGAUGCGAACAGCUUGCUGACUUGUCAGAUGGUGUCUGAGAAAUUCACCAGAUCCACCAUCUACACCCUCAUCUUUAGCUUCUUGGCGUCCCUCUUCUCCUUGCAGAUGCUCUUUGAUGCGGCCACACUGCAUGAACAGGCUGUUUGGAGAAGAAAAGCUGCUGCUGCCAAGGAGGGAAAGGCAGACUAAAACCCCGAGGACUCGCAAAAGCUGCCACAUACGGAGCCACGGAGCCCUACUCGCUGCCGAA